AUGUUUUUCAAAAAUGUUUCCUCCUCAGUUGCUGGCCCUAGGGAUCACAGAGAGGGUUCUAUCAUGCUCCCAAUUAACAAUAAUUACGCUGGUGCUGAAAUAAUUUACAUCAAUGACGAAGAACCAGAUCAUGAAUCAUCAUUGUCAGAGGUCAACAUUAAUUCUGCCCCUUCAAUUUUAUCAACAACGGAACAAACCAAUCAACUUGCCUCAAAUCUUUUAACAUUACAAAGAAAUUUGGAAAUCAGCACCGCCAACAACAACCACCAACAAGAUGGUGUGUCACUCGAUUUAUCCUUACACCAGUUUGGCGGUGAUGGUGGUGGCAGCUCUUCUACUAUUGAUGUCACUGAUGGCGGCACUGGUGGUGGUGGUGGUGGAGGUGGAGAUGGUCUCUUGAGGAGCGUUCUCAACAAUACUUCUACUAGGCGCAUCAUGCCUAUCAAAAGAACUGCACCUGAUUACGCUCACCGAGAGUUUACGGUGGGUGAGAGCUCAAGUGCCGGUGGUGCUGCUGGUGGUUCUGUUGCUCAACCUAUGGCAGCCCCCAAGCGCCUCCCCAUCGCAAAUGAAAAUGCAGCGGUGCGCAUUUCAUCAUCAUCAUCUAAUACCUGCACUUGUACUCCUUCUCCCACUUGCCCUCUCCAUGCUUUCACCAAUGAUAAUAUUUCUUCAUCUUCCAGGGAACAACGCCAUGAAACUGCUAACAAUAACAACAACCCCCAAAAUGUUGUUCGUGUUCCUUCUAGUUUGUCGCCAAUUUCUGAGAUGCAACGAGCUCUUCAGUCUGAUAGUUUUCAAGUCCUUCAACCUACUACUACUACUCCUCCUCCUCCUAACAACAACAACAACAACAACGCAACACUUGGUAUUCUACAACUUGAUGAUGGUUCCUUUAUUUACCUGCAACCUGUUUUUGAUAGUAGCCACCACCACCAACUCCACCAUGGCCAUCAGCACGCGCCAAUUAAUUCGCUUUACCACCAUGGCCAUCAACGUUAUUUCUCCUCUGCUGACACUUCUCCAUUCCGCCCAGCCUCAAUCAAUUACAUGGAAAAUCUUCCUCAUCAUCAGUACGCCGAUUCUUCGUCUUCGUCUCCUUCCCCUCUUCCUUGGAGCACCGUGAUUAGGCCAAGGGCUAUUCCCUCUGUGUCUCUCCCUCACCGAGUUGGAGGAAGUAAUAGAGAAUCUGACACCGGAAACAACUAUCCUUCUGGAAGGGGAAUAAUCACUGAGACUCACAAUCGUGGAAACUCAUCAUCAUCAACACAGCUAGUGGAAAGCCUUGUACAAAACGCUGGUACCCCUUCUGCAUUUCAGCACCUGUCGGACGCUGCUCUUGCAUGGAUUGAAAGGCUGAAUUCUCAUGACGAGACCUUGACGAGAAUGUCAUCAUCUUCUACCACUGAUAAUACUCAUCACAGGCCAUUGCGAGCUUCUGCUAUUGCUGAGACCUAUGAUUUGCCUACUUAUUUUGCUGAAGAUUCAAGAAGGCUUAGAAGAGAGCCUCUGGAAGACGGGCAGCGAGUGACGAACCCCGAUGUAGGACUGACGGAAACUGAGGUUGCAGCAUGUUUUGGACGGGAAAUUUUCCAAACUGUUGGUGAGCAGCCUCAGAACAUUGAUGCAUGCGGCAUAUGUCUGGAGGACUAUGUUCACGGUGAAGAGCUUGGGAGAUUGGAUUGUGCGCACAAAUAUCACCUUUCUUGCAUCAGACAGUGGUUGCUUAUCAAGAACAGAUGCCCCGUUUGCAAGAAAAUGGCUCUCACCAUCAUAGACUUGGAGGAUGACGAGUAA